CUGAGCUCUUUAACAGCCUUUAAACUCAUAGAUCAACGUAUAUUUUAUUAAAAAAGAAGAAGGAUAGUCCACUCCUUGCCUUCCGUAUAAGUAUAGGCUCCUGGCCCCAUAUCGCAACAAAUACUUCCAGGUCUUCAUUUUGCCUGUGCAAAGAUUAGAAAGGAAAAGAGAAAGAAAGAAAGAGAGAGAAUGAUUUUUGUUUGUUUGGCCAUGGAAGUUGAAUUUGAUAGCAAGAUGUUGCUAUCUUUUGUGUUUAUAGUGUUUUUUGGAGUGGUGAUUCGUCUCUAUAAUGUUUUGGUGUUGAAACCAAAGAGGCUUCGUUCCAUCCUGAAGAAGCAGGGCAUCAAUGGACCAGCGCCAACUUUUCUUCUCGGAAAUAUAACAGAUAUCAAGAAGGCUCAAUCCUCCGUUGUGAAAGCUACUUCUGCCAAUGAUUCACCUCUCCUUCAUAACUGUGCAGCUCUUAUCUUUCCUUUCUUUGAGCUUUGGAGAAAGGAAUACGGGAAAGUGUUUGUGUUUUCGCUGGGGAACACACAGAUACUGAAUUUGAAUCAACCUGAUGUGGUGAAAGAGAUCACAACAUGUGUAUCCUUGGACUUGGGGAAACCUUCAUAUCAACAAAAAGAUCGUGGUCCUUUGCUUGGUCAAGGGAUUCUGACAUCAAAUGGGGCUUUUUGGUCUCAUCAGAGGAAGAUCCUAGCGCCUGAAUUGUACAUGGAAAAGGUUAAGGGAAUGGUGAACCUGAUAACUGAGUCUACCCUUAUAUUGAUAAAUUCAUGGAAGCGUGUGAUUGAGAAAGACGGUGGAGUUGCAGAUAUAAAAAUUGAUGAGGGCAUGAGAAGUUUCUCUGCAGAUGUUAUCUCCAGAGCCUGUUUUGGAAGCAAUUAUUCCAGGGGAGAAAAAAUUUUCCUGAAAUUAAGACAUCUCCAGGAGGCUAUGUCCAAGAAAAGUCUAGCCACUGGGAUUCCUGGAAUGAGAUAUCUUCCCACAAAAAGCAACAGAGAAGCAUGGGCAUUGGAGAAAGAAAUCCGCAAUUUGAUUCUGGAGGUAGUAAAGGAAAGACAAGAAGGUACAUAUGAGAAGGACUUGCUGCAAAUGAUUCUUGAGGGUGCCAAAAACAGCAACCUAAGCCGCGAAGCCAUGGACAGAUUCAUGGUUGAUAAUUCUAAGAACAUAUACUUGGCUGGUUAUGAAACUACUGCAGUUUCUGCAACAUGGUGCCUCAUGCUUCUGGCCUCAAAUCCGGAAUGGCAAGACCGUGUCCGAGCAGAGGUUCUUGAAAUUUGUGGAGGUGGAAUGCCAGAUUCUGAUAUGGUUCGCAAGAUGAAACUGCUUAACAUGGUGAUUCAUGAAGCACUGAGACUUUAUCCACCAGUGCCUGUGAUUUCAAGGGAGGCCUUCAAGGACAUGAAAUUUGGCAACAUUAAGGUACCAAGGGAAGUUAACAUAUGGACAAUGGUUUUGCCAUUACAUACAGAUCCUGAAAUAUGGGGUUCAGAUUCUUACAAGUUCAACCCAGAAAGGUUUGCAAAUGGCAUAUCAGGUGCUUGCAAGUAUCCUUUCUUGUACAUGCCAUUUGGUGUUGGGCCUAGAGUAUGCCUUGGACAGAACUUAGCCAUGGUUGAACUCAAGAUAGUUAUAGGUCUUGUAUUGUCUAACUUCUGUUUCUCCAUCUCUCCCAAAUACAUCCACUCCCCUACUCUUAGGCUGGUCAUUGAGCCACAACAUGGAGUCAAUCUCUUGAUCAAAAAGUUGAAUGAAUAAUAGGCAAAACUGAGAUGGGUUCGUUUGGAAGAUACAGAUUAGUAUCGGCAUCUUUUGGGAGGCUCAUUAGAUUUUUCAUGGGACAAUCUGUAUCUGCUUUAGGGUUCAUAGAAAUAAAAUUUUCCCCCAGCCAGUUGCCGAGAAAAAAAAAAGGAAAGUGUUCUAUGCUCAGUCCGCAAUCCCCAUAGUAUAGUUAGCUUUAGUAUAGGUUAAUAUUCAAUAUUAAGUAAUUACCUUUUAUUUUUUUAUUAGAAUAUAUAUACUCUACUAUUGGAUGGGUAGAUGAUUUUUUUGAGAAAAAAAAAAAAUUAUUGUUUACUUUCUUUUA